AUGGAGGAUCCUGCAAGGUCCCUGAGCGCGCUCCUGAACAACUCUGAGCAAGACCAGGGCUUUGAUGACAUCGAUGUGAGCGCAGACGGCAGCUCCAUCCUGCGCAUCUGCAUCUGUGUGGUGUACAGCGUGGUGUGCGCUGUGGGGCUCCUGGGGAACCUGCUGGUCUUCUACCUCAUGAGGCUGCGCCAGGGCCGCAAGAAGUCCACCAUCAACACCUUCAUCCUGAACCUGGCCGUCACGGACUUCCAGUUCGUGCUGACACUGCCCUUCUGGGCCGUGGACACGGCGCUGGACUUCAGCUGGCCGUUUGGAGACGCCAUGUGUAGGAUCAUCCUGUCCGUGACCGUUAUGAACAUGUACGCCAGCGUCUUCUUCCUCACGGCCAUGAGCGUCACCCGGUACCUGUCCGUGUCCUCUGCGCUGAAGAGGCGCACGUGCCGGCGCGCGCACUGCGUGUACGUGGUGUGCGCGGUGCUGUGGCUGUGCGCCACGGUGGCCACGGCGCCCACCGUGCUCUUCUCCACGGUGCGGGUGGUCACGGGAGAGAAGCUGUGUCUGCUGCGCUUCCCGGAGGGCUUUGAUUGGCUCGCGCUUUACCACAUCCAGAAGAUCCUCGUGGGCUUCGUGCUGCCCACGCUCAUCGUGUGCGCGAGCUACGUACUGCUGCUGAGGUACGUGCGCCGUCGCAGCAUGAGCAGCGCGAACCCGCGGCGCCGCUCGCGCGUCACUCGCUCCGUGGCCAUCGUGGUGUUGUCGUUCUUCUGCUGCUGGAUGCCGAACCACGCCAUCACGCUGUGGGGGGUCCUGGUCAAACUCAACCUGGUGAACUGGGACAAGUCCUACUACCUUGUGCACACGUACGUGUUCCCUGUGACCGUGUGCCUCGCGCACACCAACAGCUGCCUGAACCCGCUGCUUUACUGCCUCAUGCGGCCGGAGAUCCGCAACAUGCUUCGGGGCAAGUUCUGGAAAGUGUCCACGGUCAGCAACAAGCCCGGGCCCACGCGCUCUGCCACCCACGUGCACGCGCCCACCACUGGGGACGAGUGUGCACGUGCGCACACGCACCACUCCCCGUUCAUGGUCUCCACGGCACUCUGUGACACUGUGCACGCGCAGACCUGA